AUUCUCUGCUUUAGACCUUUGUAUUGAAGCUGUACUUAAAGGAUGCUGCCUUGUUACACUGUCAUUGAAGAGCCAAAUCUUAGAUGCAGAAACAGAUGUGCUAUGUGCAGUCCUUUACAGCAAUCACAACAGAAUGGGCCGCCACAAGCCCCAUUUGGCCCUCAAACAGGUUGAACAGUGUUUAAAACGUUUGAAAAACAUGAAUUUGGAGAGUUCAAUUCAAGAUCUGUCUGAGUUGUUUUCUUCCAAUGAAAAUCAGCCUGUAGCUACCAAAGCAUGUGUCAUCCCCAGCCAACCAGUGGUGGAAUUUGUGUUGAUGAAGAUUUUGGGAGCCUGCAAAUUGUUACUUCGCUUGUUAGAUUGUUGCUGCAAGACAUUUCUCUUGACUGUGAAACACCUAGGUUUGCAAGAAUUCAUUAUUUUAAACCUUGUGAUGGUUGGGCUGGUGAGCAGGUUAUGGGUUCUCUAUAAAGGUGUUUUAAAAAGGCUGAUUUCUUUAUAUGAGUCAUUGUUUGGAUUGCUUCAGGAGGUCUCAAGGAUUCAACCUUUGCCUUACUUCAAAGAUUUUACCUUUCCUUCUGAUAUUGUUGAAUUUUUGGGACAGCCCUAUUUAGAGGUCUUUAAGAAAAAAAUGCCUACAGCUUUUGCAGCUAAGGGAGUAACUAAAUUGCUAAAUAAACUGUUCUCAACAAAAGAGCAAUCACUGAGGUGCAGUGAAGAAACUUCACAUAGGAUUCCCAAAAAAGCUAAUCAAAUGAGGAUCAAUAUACAGAAUAAUGUGGAUCUUGGACAGCCAGUAAAGAAUAAGAAAAUCGUCAAAGCAAAGUCAUCAGAAUUUGAUGUGAGGGCGUUCUGCAAACAGCUGAAACACAGAGCUAUUCAGAAGGCCAGCUUUGAGUUUAAAUGUCCUCAAUCCCAACUAAAGGCAACGAAACCUUCUCAGAAAGUGACAGGAACUCCCUGUGCCACAACUUUUGUGCAAAGAUUCCAAGAGGCUGAGACUUUCAUACAACUUUCUGAAGAAAUCCAAUUGGCGAUUCUGUGGUGCAGGAGCAAAAAACUCAAGGCUCAGGCUUCCUUUCUGGGCAAUAAACUUCUUAAAAGUAACCGCCUUAAACAUGUGGAAGCUCAAGGUUAUAGUUUGCCUAAGAAACUAGAGUGCAUAAAAACAUCAAUUUGCAACUGCCUUCUUCGUGGCUCAGAUAGCAAAACUUCAAAGCAUCAUCCGAGACUAAGAAGAUCACAGAAUAAGUUUUUACUGAGACAGAGAAAACCACAGAGAAAGUUGCAGCCGGCGCUUUUAAAGGAAACUCAGCAAUCCCCUCAAGGGACUCAGAGUUCUACAGAUAUCAGUAAACGGAGAUUCUUACACCGUGCAGUUCAUAAAACUAAUGUCCACGCUAACAGUAAGCAACUCUUGAGUAGCAGAGCUUCAAAUCCUGUCAUACAAACUAAGGAGAAACAAAAUCAUGAAAAUCUUACAGGAAGCAAUGAAAAUGAAAGGGAUUCAUGGACAAUGAUGCAAAUAAUUAAACAUAAUACAUCAGGAAACAUUAAGGAGACAGAUGACAUUGAUGAUAUUUUUGCUUUAAUGGGAGUUUAGAUACUCAUCUGUGAGACUGUUAAGUGAUUAGCAAGCUAGUCCAGUGUUCUGCUGUUUUAAGUGGAACUCCUGAAAUCUGGAAAGAUCUGAAAGCACCUCUUGGACUCAAGAGAUUUACUGCAACAUUGAUUAGCAGUUCAUUUCAGUUCAGUAAACAUUUAUAGCUUUGUGUCAUUUCAUUGGCAGAUGUUAGACUAUUAAAUAGUCCAAUUUGCCAGGUGUUAGGAUGAAAAAUCUAUAUCCUGCCUUUGAAAAGCAGCUAUCCUGACUGAAUCUGGUAGAUCCCUGAAAAAUAGUAAUUUUAUAACUUACCUGGGAAUAAAGACCCGAAUACUUAGGUUUGCAAAAACCUACUCUGAGCCUCACAAAAAAUGGGGAGUGGAGGUGGGGAGUAGCAAGGAAGCACCUGAAAGACCACUUUGGCCUUACUAGCUCCAUUACAGAUAAGUCCACUUCUGAACAUCAAGGUUUGUAGCUUCUAUGGUAGUGCUGUCUUGUUGAUACAUUAAAAUUGAUCAUUAAAGGAACUCAAAAGUUUUGCCAACAAUUGUAUUACUAGGGACAGGCACAACCAUUAUUUCACUUUAUUUGUUCACCUUUUCUCAUAGAAGAGGAUAUUAAAAUGCUUUUGGAAUUUUCAA